CUCAAAAUAAGUCAAACACCAGCACACACUUCCCAAAAAGACCCAUUUACCCCUCCCGGCCGCCGGGGAAAACCCAACCCCAACAAUGGCCGACUUCCGCCACAUUCCGCUCCUAACCACCACCCUCCUCCUCCUCGCCGCCGCCGCCACCGCCUGCCCGCCAUCCGACCGAGCCGCCCUCAUGGCCUUCAAAUCCGCCCUCCACGAGCCCCACCUCGGCAUCUUCAAGUCCUGGACCGGACCGGAUUGCUGCCACAAGUGGUACGGCAUCAGCUGCGACCCGAAAACCAAUCGGGUCGCGGACAUCAACCUCCGAGGCGAGUCGGAGGAUCCGAUCUUUCAGAAGGUCGGUCGGACCGGUUACAUGACCGGGACCAUCUCCCCGGCCAUCUGCGGGUUGAACCGGCUCUCUAGCCUCACCAUCUCCGACUGGAAGGGGAUCUCCGGGGAGAUCCCCAAAUGCCUCGCGACGAUGCUCCCCUUCCUCCGCGUCCUCGACCUCGUGGGGAACCGCCUCGACGGCGAGCUCCCCGCCGACAUCGGUCGGCUCCACCGCCUCACCGUGCUCAACAUCGCCGACAACCGGAUCGCGGGCCGGAUCCCCCGGUCGCUGACGAACCUAUCGGGUCUGAUGCACCUCGACCUUCGGAACAAUCGGUUCACCGGGUCCAUCCCGACCGACUUUGGCCGACUAGGAAUGUUGAGUCGGGCCCUCCUGAGCCGGAAUUUCCUGACCGGUUCGAUCCCCGACUCGGUUUCUCGGAUCUACCGGCUGGCUGAUCUCGACCUUUCCCUCAACCGCCUCUCCGGCGGGAUCCCACUGUCGCUGGGACGGAUGGCCGUCCUGGCGACGCUGAAUUUGGAUGGGAACCGGUUCACCGGCGGGAUCCCCGCUGAUCUGUUCAGCUCGUCGGUGACUAAUCUGAACCUGAGCCGGAACGCGCUGGACGGGAAGCUGCCGGAGUUCGGUCCCCGGUCAUACUUCACCGUGCUGGAUCUGUCGCGAAACCGGAUGACCGGCGGGAUCCCGGCUUCCAUCGCGGCGGCGUCGUACGUCGGUCAUUUAGAUCUGAGCUACAACCAUUUGUGCGGGAAGAUUCCGGCCGGGUCGCCGUUUGACCACCUCGAAGCGGCGUCGUUUGAGUUCAAUGACUGUCUUUGCGGCAGCCCGCUGAAACGACCGUGUUUGACUAAACAGUGAGAGAUCACAUUGAAGAAAGAAUUCACAGUUUGCUAUUAAUUUCUUGCGUUGUAUUUAUCAUGUAUAUGAAAAGUUGUUACUCUAUAUAUAAAAAUUAUGAUGUGUAGUGAACUUUCAAAGAAGAGAAAGGUUAUUAAUCGAACGCAUUGCAGAAUAUGAUUAGCAUAAUCAUAUAAGGUUAAUUAGCUUGUUAAACACAACUCUGAAAUCAAUAUAAGUUAUUACUGCGACCUAUUUUUUUGUUGAACGUACUAUUUUGGUCAUUUUCUCAUUGAAUAUUUUCUGCAAUAUUUCUUGGAAAAAUCUCCUAUCUGACAUGUUAUCUCGUAAUGAAACCUUUUUAAUUGA